UCGCUUCCUAGAUUAGAGAGGAAAAGCUGUGACGCCAGCCUCUGCGGCUCCUUUCUGCCUCGCUGGACACUGAGCCGAGAGUUCAUUUAUCAGCUCCAACUCGUUGGUUAUUUCCUAAGUAACAGAUUCAAAAAGAGACCAAUAAUUCUCCUGGUAAUCCUCCUAAAAGCCUGGAUCCUUUAGGUUUUCUGUGCUCAGUGUUUUUUAAGUUCUGGAGUUGUGCGUCUGUUAAUCAGCAGGUUGAGUUCAGUUUUCCUUGACAUAAAAACUGCCGGAAUAUCUGUUUUCUUUGUGCUGUAACAGUUCUGUUCCCGCUGCAGAGGAUGCUGUUAUCUGUGUGUUUUUUCCUGUAGUCAGUGGCGUAGGUUACCUUUGAGGUCCAACAUUUGACAUGAGAAGACAAAACUAGGUUAGGUUUUACUUUUGCGAGCACUCAGUGGGCUGCCUGCGGAGGACGCUGAGCUGGAGGGGUCGCUUUCCUCCCUGGACGUAAACCUGAGAGCCAUGCUGCUGCUGCUGCUGCUGAUCUGCCUGCAGACUUCACUGCAACAGGACCUUCCGGCCGGUCGAUGUGACACCCUCAAGCAGAAGAAUGUGUACACCACCUGCACCUCCUGGGCUGCUUUCCCCAUCAGCCACUGCCCCCCCGGAUUCAGCAAAGUGAAAGGCAGCGCCGGUUACUGCACCUAUGUGUUGAAGAUCGGCGGCAGGGAGCACGAGAUAUCGGGCCUUCGGCCACACUGCAGGAAGAACUACAUGUAUCCGAUGUGCUGCCCACAGCACUGGGGACCACUGUGUCUGCCGUGCCCCAGCUGGUCAGGGAAGACCUGUAACUUCAGAGGAACCUGUGAGGAUGGAGACCAAAACAACGGGACCUGUGUGUGUGAGGAAAAUUUCUCCGGUUUUUCCUGUCAUGAGUGUAAAAAUCCAAAUUCUUAUGGAGAAAAUUGUGAUAAAGAGUGCGAUUGCGUGCACGGAGUGUGUAAUAAGGGCCCGGAUGGUGACGGUCAGUGUUUGUGUCAGCCGCCGUACACCGGGAAACGCUGUGAUCAAGUGAGCAACCGGUGCAGCAGCUGCACUCAGUACUCGUACUGUAAAGGAGAAGGAGACGACGCCUACUGCGAGUGUCUGCCAGGAUACAGGAAGUCAUCAAGGAACACGUGCACAAGAGUUUGUUCGCAGAAGGACUGCGACGUCAACGCCCAAUGCUCCUCACAGGGGUCAAAGGUCGUCUGCACAUGUAAGCCAGACUACGAGGGAGACGGCAAGGUCUGCGUCCCCCGAAACCCCUGCUCAGAAAACAAUGGAGGAUGUCCGGUCAAUUCCACCGUUUGUGUGUUUGAUGGCCCCAACAAGUCCAUCUGUAAGUGUAUGUUCGGCAUGUCCCCCAUUGGUGGCGAUCCAAAGUCUGGCUGCCAGUUGGUUUCCGCCUGCUUUUCGGACACCUGUCACCCCACAGCGACCUGUCAGACCGGAGUGGACGGACAGCCCAGGUGCGUCUGCGGAGAGAGUCAGAUCGGCGACGACUAUCGCUGCUACGAUAACCUGAUGGACCGUCUCCUCCAGCUGGAACUGAGCCGCGACCACAGAGAUAACAUGACCCUGGCUGUCUCUCUGUUUGAGAACGGUUGUUAUGAUCAACUGCGUCACAGCAGAUCUCUCACAGUCUUCCUCCCUCUCGUGUCAAGUCUCCCCACCGGUGUGAAUCAGAAAGUACUGUGUCAACGCCACAUAAUCCUGGGUCACCAUCGUUACGCAGACCUGACAGGAAAAGCCCACGAAAUGUACGGAGGAGGCUUGCUGAGGACCAAAGAACUCCAGAAGUUUAUCCUGCUGGGAAACCCCAGCCGAGUGUACACCGUCAUCCAGAAGGAUCUGCCUGCAGCCAAUGGGGUCAUCCACAUUAUCGACAAAGUGAUCAUGGACCGAUUCUCAGACAAGUCCACUCGUGAUGAACGGUUUGCUGGCAAGACAAUUGGGGAGAUUCUGUCAAAGGACGGAAGAUACAACCGAUUCCUCUCUUUGGUUGACAACUGUGGGUCGCCUCCACCGCUGAAGGGCCGCGGACCGCUCACCGUGUUCAUACCCACCAACGAGGCUGUCGACCGAGCUCGGGACGGCAGCAUCCUCUACAUGCUGCAUGACGCCAAACAUAAACUCCAAGAGCUCCUCAGACAUCACGUUUUCUCCCAGGCUGUGCUGACGGCCGAUGAGCUGUCGGCUCUCCCACAGAUUCAGACGAUGGCAAAUCAAAAGGUCGUCGUCAAUGUGUCGGCGAACGGUGAGAUCCUGCUGGGUGAGAAGGGCGUUCGACUGGUGACCAAAGACAUCGUGGCUUCCAAUGGGAUCAUACACAUGAUCGAUGGUCUGCUGUAUCCACCCUCCAUCCUCCCCAUCCUGCCUCACCGCUGCGACAUCGUCCAGAACAAGAUCACCAUGGGUCCGUGCGUCCAUUGCAGUUCCCUCCAUGAGACACGGUGUCCGGAUGGCUCAGUUGAAAUGGACAGGCAUCAGAUCUGUGAAUACGUCACACUUCCUGCCAAUGUCCACAAAGGCUGCGCAAAAUUCUGCAACACCACCUUCAAGGUAGAAGAGUGCUGUAAAGGUUUCUACGGUCCUGACUGUAAACCCUGUAUUGGAGGAUUUAAGCAUCCGUGUUACGACAAAGGAACGUGCUUUGAUGGGAUCAGUGGUAACGGCUCAUGCAGCUGCCAGCCGGGCUUGAAGGGGAUCGCCUGCCACCUCUGUGUCGAUCCGGCCAAACAUGGAGACAACUGUGACGAAGACUGUCACUGCGUCCACGGUGUGUGUGACAGUCGACCCGGCAGCGGUGGUGUGUGUCGGAAUGGAUCCUGCUUUGAGGGAUACUCUGGACCAAACUGCGACAAGAUGGCCAUGCCCUGCAACUCUGACGGGAUGAUGGAGCACUGCCACAUCCACGCAUACUGCACACACAACGGCCUGAAUAACAUAUGCGCGUGCCGGGACGGAUACGAGGGCGACGGUCACUCCUGCACUCCGAUCAACCUCUGCCUGAAGAGCAGCCGAGGAGGCUGUGACACAAACGCUGAGUGUACGUAUGUGGGUCCGGGUAAUGUGUCGUGUGUGUGUGGGGAGGGCUGGACUGGUGACGGGCAAGUGUGUGUGGAGAUCAACAACUGUCAGCUGGAGAGCCGAGGGGGCUGCAGCCCCAAUGCCAACUGUAACCACAUUGGACCUGGACAGAGUGAGUGUGUUUGUAAAAUAGGCUACAUGGGCGAUGGCAUCAUCUGUGACUUCAUCGACCCCUGUUCAAUAAGCAACGGAGGCUGCCAUGUGACGGCAACCUGUGCACAGACUGAGGGUGGAGCUCACACCUGCACCUGUCCUGAAGGCUUAGCUGGAGAUGGGCAGACCUGCUACGGAACCAUACUUGAAGAGCUGGACUCAGGCGGAGAGCUGUUUCCUUUUAACCAUUUUGUGGAGGACAGCCUUGGUUUCACGGAGGAUUUGAGUGGAAACAUAACACUGCUGGUCCCGUUUUCCGAAGCUAUGGUAAAUAUGACCUCAGAUGAGUACAUGUUCUGGAACAACCGACACCGCCUGCGUCCUUUCCUGCGGGCUCACAUCUUACAAGGCAUCUACUCCCUAGAAGAUCUGGAAACUCUGGUUGGGCAAAGUCUGCCCACCCUACAUCCUCCAACCCGGUGGGAGAUCAGCAACACCAGUGGGGUCAUCCAUGUCGGAGACGCUCCCAUCAUCACUCCCAACAUGCCAGCAAUCAACGGCUACAUUCACAUCAUACACAAGAUUUUGAUGCUGCCGCGGUCAGAUCUCCCCCCCGACCCUCCAACCCUGAUGGCGUUCCUGAACACGUCCUCCAACUUCACCCUGUUCAGAGAGUACGCCCAGCUUUACAACCUGUCAGGAUAUUUGGGUCAGUUUACUUUCACGCUCCUGCUGCCAACAGACGAGGCCAUCAGGCAGGAUCUCCAAAGGACAAAUUCCUCCAAACUGGAUGGUGAUGUGGUGAAGUACCACGUGCUUCGCCAUGGGGUGAUCUUUCCCGACACCGUGUCUGAUGGCACACUGAAAAGCACCGUGCUGGGCAGCAGAUACCAGGUCCAGUUCCACCGGAACCACAGCAAUCAGACAUUUGUGAAUGACGUUCUUCUCGACGGCUCCUUCAUCGAGACGCAGAAUGGCGUCCUCAUCGUCCUCAAUCAGGUCCUCAAAGUUCGCCAAAACAGAUGUGACAAGCCAGUCACCCUAAGGAAAAGAGGAAAGUGUGCAGACUGUGAAGGAAAGCCUCAAUGCUACUACAGAUACGAGCCGGUCAGACCUGAGUUUCCAGUUAACAUGCGGUCCAACUGUAAAUUCAGAAAGCGUGCUGGAGGCAGGAGGAAGACGGUGCCGGGCUGCGUCAUGGACUGUACUCAAGUCACCACGGAUCACUCCUGUUGCCCUGGGUAUUAUGGCCACGAGUGCUUCAAAUGCCCCGGAGAAGUCGGCAGCUGGUGCUCUAAUCACGGGGAGUGUCAGGACGGUCACCUCGGCAACGGAGAGUGCCGUUGCUACGAGGGUUUCCAUGGCACCGCGUGCGAGGACUGUGAACCGGGAAGAUACGGAGUCAAUUGCUCCUCCAAGUGUGUGUGUAGUCAUGGCAAGUGUGACGACGGUCUGGCAGGAAGUGGCAAGUGUAUGUGCUAUAAAGGCUGGAAAGGCUCUACCUGCUCUAUAGAGAUCAAGGACGACGCCUGUGGAGGCAGGUGUGACGAGAACGCAAACUGCAUCACAGGGCCGAACGGUCAAGCUGCUGUGUGUCUGUGCGCAGCUGGAUAUGAAGGAAAUGGGACGUACUGCAAAGAGCUGGAUUUGUGCAGCAGGUCUAACGGCGGAUGUUCAGAGUUUGCUACAUGUACGAAGGUGUCAGCAGGAGAGAGGACCUGCAGCUGCAAGGCCGGGUACACUGGAGACGGGGUCGUCUGCCUGGAGAUUGACGGCUGUCUGGUCAACAAUGGAGGCUGCCAGGAGUUUGAGGAGUGCGUCAGAGCAGGUCCCAACAUUACGUCCUGCAGGUGUCAGGAGGGCUUCAUUAGAAGAAGGUGGACCUGUGAGCGUGUGAACCCCUGCAGAUUGAACAAUGGCGGUUGCAACAAGUACGCUAACUGUGAGUACUUCGGUCAGGGUCAGAGGAACUGCACCUGCCACAGAGGCUACAUCGGUGACGGCUUCGAUUGCCACGGAACUACUGACAAGGAGAUUUCCCGAAACCCAGAAAAUUCCUUCUUUCAAAGAAUGUUGCAGAUGUCAGAAGGUCCUGGACUUUACAGUCGUGGACCAUUCACAGUCUUUUCCCCAGUUGAAGAAACCAAUGAAACUCUGAUCCAAACGUGGAACAGUGCUGGUCGAGUAACUGAUCUGACUUUCUACCACGUGGUUUCCUGUGAAACUUUGAACUUCACUGACCUCAAAACCACAGAGCGAGCCAUCUCAGUGCUUGGCCACGCUCUGCACUUCAGCGUGCGGGAGGGUGCAGUGUGGAUCAACAACAGAUCAAGGAUAGUGAAAAGUGAUUACGCCACAUCGAACGGAGUCAUUCACCACAUCGACAAGCUGCUCACGCCGUACCGGCUGGAGGACAAACUGCCCAUCCGCCGCGACUCGAUGAAUUUAACCACAGCAGCUUCCUUUUAUGGCUACUCCCGCUUCUCCACACUCCUGGAGGAAUCUGGGGUGUUGCCGCUGCUUGACAUGUCCAUCCACCAGCCGUACACCGUCUUCUGGCCCACAAACGAAGCUCUGGACUCCAUGCCAGCUCAAAGAUGGCGCUGGCUCACCAGCCCCGACAACAACGAGCAACUGGCUGCCAUCGUGAAGGCUCACAUCAUACGCAGCUACAAGAUACAGCUUAGCAGUCCGUUUGGGUUCACAGCCUCCUACCGCACCAUGCACGGAUCCACCAUCCAGUUGAGCUGUGACAAGAGCCUCGUGGGGAAUUUGCUGAUAAAUGGUAACGGAGCCAGAAUAGAGGAGCGCUUCCUGAACUUCCGGGUGGGGAUAGCCUACGGCAUCGACCAGCUGCUGGAGCCCCCUGGCCUGGGGGCGCACUGUGACGACAUCGAGAACAAGACUGUUUUCGGUCGUUGUGGGAGAUGUUCAGUACCUCCAUCCUGUUCCUUCAGACAUAUUGAUACGGGAGGCACGGUUCCAUGUUUCGACAAUGGGCGGGGGCGGGGGUACAGUUUCUCCCGCCACUACAGAAGCAUGGGCUGUAAAAGAAUCUGUAUGUCCAAAUCCUGGAUCCAUAAGUGCUGCAAAAACCACUACGGCCGAGACUGCCAAGUGUGUCCAGGUGGUUUGGAGGCCCCCUGUGGAAACAAAGGGUCCUGUAACGAUGGCAUCCUUGGGCUCGGUGACUGCAGGUGUAAUAAAGGCUCCAUGGGAACAUCCUGCGAACGGUGUCAGAGGAACUACUAUGGACUCAACUGUACAGCCUGUAGCUGUGGGAAGAAUGGAAAGUGCGAUGAUGGCGUGGACGGCUCUGGACUGUGUACCUGUAACUCCGGCUGGGAGGGCGACCAGUGCCAGAGGAAAGUGGGUUCAAUCCCGAAGGAGUGCCAGCAGUGCCACGCCAAUGCAUUGUGCCUAACGGGGGUGGGUUGCCGCUGUAAAUCUGGAUUUGAGGGUAACGGUACCUCCUGCAGCCCUGAACCACCACCGGACCUCUGCGCCGAGUACAACGGCGGCUGUCACCAGAACGCGAACUGCAGCCAGACAGGACAAGUCGUCAACUGCACCUGCCAGAGCGGCUACCAAGGCGACGGCUUCGAGUGCGAGCCCAUCAACAGGUGUGUUGAAGAGCCGAACGGAGGCUGCAGUGACUUCGCCACCUGCACCUUCACUGGUCCCAACGAGCGUACGUGUGAAUGCCAGUCGGGAUAUGUGGGAAAUGGAGUCCAGUGUCUGGAGAAGGCGGUUCCUCCUGUUGAUCGGUGCCUGGAAGACAAUGGAGGCUGUGAUCCCGUGGCCUCCUGCAAGGAUCUACAUUACCAUGCCAACACAGCCGGAGUUUUCCACCUGCGCUCUCCAGAGGGGAAGUACAAGAUGAACUUCAGUCAGGCCGAUGCCGCCUGCCAGGCCGAGGGCGCCACGCUGGUCAGCUUUAAACAGCUGGGAGACGCACAGCAGCUGGGGAUGCAUCUGUGUGUGGCCGGCUGGAUGGAGGGAGGGAAGGUGGGAUACCCGACUCGCUACCCUUCAAUUAAGUGUGGAGAAAACCACGUGGGCCUCGUUAUGUACAAAGAACCUGUGGAUCAGAGCAGCAAGUACGACGCCUACUGCUACAGGCUCAACGAUGUUUCGUGUUCGUGUCCCCGUGAAUUCGUCGGAAAUGGAGACUUCUGUCACGGCGUCCUGACCAGCGUUCUCGCAACGUACAACAACUUCUCCAUCUUUUAUAAGUUUCUGGUGGACUACAGCAGCUCGUCACCAGCCGGGCAACGACUGGUGGACGUUUUGUCUCAUCGACAGUCUAACGUCACAAUUUUUGUGCCUCACAAUGCCGGCUUCGCCCAAAACCAGACUCUGUCUGCACGAGAUCUGGAAUAUCACAUCUCCACCAAUCACAGCAACCGACUGUACAGCGACCUGCGACACCAGGAAACCAUCGCCUCCAGACUCGGGUUCAACCUGACUGUUACUGCCGACAGCAGUGAGAACCGUAAACUGGUGAACAAGCGGCUGCUGGUGGAGUGGGACAUUCCUGCAGUGAACGGGAUCAUCCACGUCAUUGAGGCCCCGCUGACCGCACCUCCCCCACCGAUCUUCCACUCGCCGGCCAGAGGACACGCCCGCUCGAGCAGCGCCGCGCUGACCAUCCUGGUGACGGUGCUGCUGGCGUGUGUGUUGGCUGCGGUGGGCUACUACCUCCUCAAACACAAGAACGACAACUUCCGCUUCCGCUACUUCAAAAAUGAAGACGAGAACGAUUCACCGGGUGGCAGGAACAAGCCCACCCUGGUCUCCAUCCCAAACCCCCUGUACAACGCCUCCAGAGCCUUCAAUGAGCCCUUUGGGGAGACCAGUCAGCAGGGGGCGGAGCCAGCAGAGAGCGAAGACCCUCCAAACCUACUGGAUGUGGACCAGUAAAACCAGCUCAACCAGUUUAACUGGAGCUUUCUGUGUGUUUACACAACCACCCGGUGGCUUCAACAUGCUUCAAAUUCUUUGCAGUCUAGACACUUUGUGUCCAAGUACAAAAUGAAAGUUGUCAAUCUUAUCAAACAAACAUUUUUUUUUUUUUUAAAUGGAUCAUUAAAAAUGUGUCUGACACUAAA